AUGGCUACAUCAAAUGGUGAGGCCAUUGCCAAUGGUAUGGCUGCUUUGGACUUAUUAGAUCCCGAGCCCAACUCAGAAAGAUCAGUGACAGAACUACUUCAAAGGUCUAAAGAUUUGAUGUCCGAGCUCGAACAAUUCAAGGCUGGAUUGAGAGAGCGAAAGCAGGAGAAGAUGGUUGAACUGAGGCACUUUUCGACGAACCUCCAGUCUGAAAUCAAAUCUUUGGCAAAACUCGCAAAUCUAGAUCCGGAGAACGAAAAAGUUGCUCAUACAAUCAGUUCUUCCAAUUUUCCGUUCUAUUCAGCUGUUUGGAAUGCUGCAAAAGGUUGCAAGGGCAUCACGGCUUUGAGGAAACGUUUCUUUUGGUGCACUGGUCAAAGCUUGCUCAAAUCCAAGCGAGGUGAUCUCUCAGCGCAGAAGAAUAUUAAAAGUGUGGAGGUCGAUAUCGUGGCCGGAGAAGAUCUUGAGUGGGUCAAAGUAAGCACAAUUACUGCUAAGAGGAUGAUAUAUGAUUUAGCAAAGGCUGGAUGGGCUGAAGAUGACUCGACUGAUGAUGAGGACGACGAUGCUGUAAGAUUAGAUACAGAAGAUGAGCCGGAAGGUCUCUUGAAGCAAGCCAAGUUACUUGUAGAAGCCUCUAAGUUGGCUAGAACUAAAUACCGGCAUCCAUCAAUCCGCAUGGUACUACCUAGGAUCACGCGAAAUUGUCCAAAUCAGGUGGCCAAUGUUUUGAAAGAAAUUCGGGCAUUAGGAAUCACAGUGCAGAUAUAUGAGGAUAUCCCUGCAAGCUUUGACAUAUCACAAGUUCUUCAACGUAUGAUAGCAGAUCCUUUCGAGAAUUUCUCCGAAACACUCAACGUUGAUUGUACAAUGAUCUUCGCAUUUAUUAGUGAUCUGUCGCAUGGCCGUGUUGAGCCAAAAGAUUGGCAUCAUCAGUUUCUCAUCAAACAGAUGGAAAUGGAAAGUCAAGACCAGCUCUUACCUAGUAUUGUUUGGCCUGCGUGCGGGUCCAGGAAGCUCGUGUGCACCCGUGAAGCAGUUGCAAGAGCUCAAGAGAUAAUAGACACAAUUGGAACAGACACCGAAAAGCAACGAAUGGAACUGAUAUUUGGUUUCAAUCAUGAGUUUUUGACAAGAGAUCAGCUGGUGGGGGAAUUUCAGAAACUCUCAGAGUAUAGCAUUCCUCCGGGAUGGCACUUGCCCAUCGCGAUAAUGGAUAUGGAUAUAUGCAAUAUCGUGUCCAAACUUCCUACCGUUGCCAACGACGUCUCAGAUGUCCUAACUGGUGUUAAUCAGUCCGUGUUUCUUAACCGUGUUGUUGCUAAAGAAAUCGAGGCUACGAUCGAAGAUAAUAGAGGUUCUAUUGACGUCCAAGGGCCAGACAUCUGGUUAUCCCCAAUGGCCCGAUCUCUUGUAGGAAAAGAAAAACAACGACGGGGAGUUAAAGAAUGA